UUUUUUUUUUUUUUUAUUUUCUUCCAACAUGCUUCCUAAAAGUCAACUACGCGACAAGCAAUCCUUGACCAUUGUUGUCAAGAUUGGUACUUCCUCCAUUUGUAAUGAAGUGACUCAUUUUCCUUUACUGUCCAACUUAUCUGCACUUGUUGAAAGUGUCCUGCACCUGAGAUCCCUCGGUCACCGCGUUGUACUUGUCACCAGUGCUGCGGUCGGUACAGGUCUUCGUCGUUUGAAUAUGGCCGAAAAACCAUCUAAAUUAGCUGCUAGACAGGCUGUUGCUGCGGUUGGUCAAGGUAGAUUGAUGGCAUUAUAUGAUGAUUUAUUUGGUCAAUUCGGUCAACCUGUUGCUCAACUUUUAUUAACCAAGAAUGAUCUUGCUGAUCGUUCACAAUAUCUGAAUGCAGUCAAUUGUCUUGAAGAAUUGUUGGAUAUGGGUGUAGUACCCAUUGUGAAUGAAAACGAUACAAUUUCAACACAGGGUAUUCGAUUUGGAGACAAUGAUACAUUAUCAGCCAUUAUGGCGGGUAUGAUCAAGGCAGACUAUCUCUUUUUAUUGACAGACGUCGAUUGCCUUUACACCGAUAAUCCUCGUACCAACCCCGAUGCACAACCCGUCACGGUGUGUGAUGAUAUGGCGACACUGAUGGAUAAAGUUUCGGUCAGCUCCAUGGGCUCCUCCCUGGGCACAGGAGGUAUGGCUACCAAGCUCAUUGCCGCUGACCUGGCCAUCGCCGCAGGUGUCAUCACCAUCAUCACCAACGGUUCCAAAACCAAAAAUAUCCAUCAAAUCAUCGAAGCCGAUCGAAAUGCCGAACUCACCGCCCCCCUUCAUACAAGAUUCGUGGCAAAGAAUAACCCGCUUUUGGAUCGUAAAUGGUGGAUCCAAUAUGGUUUGCAUACAGCGGGUACCAUCUUUGUAGAUGAAGGAGCUGCGAAGGCUAUUUUGGCCCCCCGUAUCAAAUCUAGUUUGUUCGCUGCGGGUAUCGUGGAUGUAGAAGGCUCGUUUGUAGCACAGCAAGCCGUGAAUAUUGCUACACGUCAAGGAGACACUGUACAAGUGAUUGGUAAAGGUAUCGUCAAUUACUCGAGUAUCGAAGUCUCGCGUGUCAAGCGUUGUCAUAGUGCCGAAAUUGCGAAUAUCCUAGGUUACGUUGAUUCCGAAUGUAUCAUCCAUCGUGAUAAUUUAGUUCGAACAAAGUCACUGUAAAAAAAAUAAAAAUAAAAAAAUAAAAAAAGAUUUAUUUUAUUUUAUUUUAAAAACUCA